UUCUCUUAUUUCUCCACAAAAGAAAAGGUUUUAAUAAACGUUUCUUUCCAAACAAAGCGUCUAUAAUUUGUUUGUUAUCCUGUUACAAUGCCUAGAUAUAUAUGAUUUUAAAUUAACCGUAGGGACUGGGUUUUCCCUGCUGUGGGUGUAGCAGUGUCACAGAUGCUCUCAAUGAAUCGGCUGCUCUUGUUGAUAAUUACAUUCCGUCUCAUCAAGAAGUCCUAUUUGUUUACUUCUCCGGGCAGGACUUAUUUUUCCCAUGUGAAUGGCAAUGUACAUGUCAUGUGCACUUUUCAUGAAGGCGAUUUCUUGGAGCAAUGGGUUGAAAAAGGUCCGAUAGCUACUUGUGAAUCGGUCCACCCAGUCGACCUCGAUGGAUACAAGAUCGAAGAUAUUAACUGCACAAGCAAUACUGCUUCAAUGAAAGUGACACUCCUCAAAAUCAAACCACUUUCUUUCAUUUGUCACACUAAUGCAUGUCUUAAUAUCAGAUUGACACUUAUGCCACUCUUCAAUGAUUCAGGUAACCUAGAACCAGCUGGUGGAACAAAACCUAGAAUGCAAAAAAAAUUCACUUUGAAUUGUAAAAUUGGUGCCAGUCGUCAUGUGGUCUGGUUUCACGAAGAUGGAGAACUCUUAAUGAAGUAUAAAGAUUGUCAUGCAGUUGGUGGCAACAGCUCUCGUUUUUCAGGCCGUGCACAUUUUAGUUGCGAUUACUCGAAAAAGAUGUCUGUUUUAUCGUUUGUUCCUAUCCUUCUUGCAGAUGGCAACUUUAGUAUUAUAUGCAUAACUAGUUUUCAUGGAAGUGAAUAUAGCAUUCGAACAAGAGACACAAGAAAAUUAACUACUAGUGAGGUUGGUACUAUAUAUAUUCAAGGAGAUAGAACAGCAAAGUUCAUGUGCCCUUUAGACAAGGGAGACUCACUUUUUGAGUGGAAAGGAGACAACUUUACAGCCAACUGUACCGGAUCAUAUGCUACCAAUCAGUUAAAAUUUUAUGCAAUCAAUAUAACAUGUAACCCGGAGAGUUCAACUUUACUCCUCAGGAUUUCCCAUCGGGUAUCUAAAAUGGAAAUCUAUUGUGACAGUUACUUAAAGAGAAGAAAAGUAUUUAAAGUAGCAACACCUGAGCCUACAACGGGUGCACUGGGUGAUAACGUGGAGUACGUUGUAGUUAUAAGUUUGUUGAUUCUUCUGCUGAUUAUCCUGAUUUGCUUUAAUAGUAUAUGUUUUAUGACGUCUAUAGGACGUCACUACUGGAUUAAAAGGGCAGAUUUGUCUGAGACUUCAGUAUCAUCUCAGGGAUGAUGAAGACUAUAACCAGGAUUGUCUAUCUGUCACUCCAUACCGAUGAAGCACAACCACGAAGAAUCACACAUACAUUCAUACACACAUACAUGCAUACAUACAUACAUACAUACAUGCAUACAUACACGCAUACAUACAUACAUACAUACAUACAUACAUACAUAAAUACAUAAAUACAUACAUAUAUAUAUAUGAUGUAUGCAAAGAAAUAAGAAUUAUAAAAUAAAUUCAAAUUCAAUUUUGUAAACAUAA